AUGGCGACAGCAAUGGCGAAGUCAGCCGUCACCUGGAGUCCCCUCGUGAGCACGAAACCAGCCAAGACACUCAGCUCCGCUCACAACCUCUCUUCACCCUUGAAAAUCAAAACCGCUCCUCUCUCCCUCUCCCGCUCUCUCGGGCGAGUUAAACCCAUCGUCGCGUCGACGGGCAACGGCGCGCCAGCGUCGCGCACGGCGAAGCUGGUGGACGGGAAGGUGCAGGAGGGGCCGGACCUGAGCGUGGAGGUGAACGGGCUGCGCCUGCCCAACCCGUUCGUCAUCGCUUCGGGUCCACCCGGCACCAACUACGUGGUGAUGAAGAAGGCCUUUGACGAGGGCUGGGGUGGCGUCAUUUGCAAGACGCUCUCACUCGACUCCUCCCAGAUGCGAAGCUGCCACUCGACUCACUCAACGUCACCCGGCGCUACGCGAAGCUGCGCGCUUCCCUCACCCGCUGCCGUUCCCUAUAUCCCCCACAUCCCCGUUUCCCCGUUUCCCCCGUUUUCCCCCCUACCUCCCUUGCGCCCCGUUGCGCAGCUCUCUCUCGACUCCUCCAAGGUGGUGAACGUCACUCCGCGCUACGCGAAGCUGCGCGCGCCUGCCUCGCGCGACGUGAUAGGGUGGCAGAACAUCGAGCUGAUCAGCGACCGGCCGUUCGAAGUGAUGCUGGCGGAGCUGAAGCAGCUCAAGGCGGAGUACCCCCACCGCGUGCUCAUCGCGUCGAUUAUGGAGGAGUUCAACAAGGACGCGUGGGAGGAAAUCAUUGGCCGCUGCGAGGAGGUCGGCGUGGACGCGUUUGAGAUCAACUUCUCGUGCCCGCACGGCAUGCCGGAGAGGCGCAUGGGCAUGGCCAUGGGGCAGGACUGUACUGCAGGGGUGGUGUGGGAGGUGAAGGGGAGCGGAAGGGGGCAGGAGAAUACGGUGAUGGGGCAGGCAGGGCUGCGAGCUGCUGUGUGCAGUGAAGGAGGGUAUGGGAGCGCCCAACAUCACCGACAUCACUCAGCGCGAGUGGCACUGGAGGCGGGGUGCGAGGGAGUGAGCGCCAUCAACACCAUCACAAGCGUCAUGGAGGUCAACCUCAAGACACUGCGACCAGAGCCCUGCGUUGAGGGCUACACAACACCAGGCGGGUAUUCCAGCAAGGCAGUGCGCCCCAUAGCCCUGGCGCAUGUGAUGAAGAUCGCGAGGAUGCAAGCAGAGAGAUUCCCGGGGCAGGGCAAGUCGCUGUCGGGCAUUGGAGGCGUGGAGACGGGGGAGAACGCUGCUGAGUUCAUCCUGCUGGGUGCAGACACCGUGCAGGUGUGCACGGGGGUGAUGCUGCACGGCUAUGGGCUCGUCAAGUCGCUCUGUGGGGGCCUGCAGGGAUUCAUGGAGCAGCACGGCUUGACAUCCAUUAGUGACUUUAAAGGGCAUUCACUGCAGUACUUCACAACACACACGGACCUGGUGCGGCGGCAAAGGGAGGCGGUGGAGCAGCGCAAUGCGGCCAAGAGGGGCCUGGCGUCCGACAAGGAGUGGACGGGCGAUGGAUUCGUGCAGGAAACCGAAACCAUGGUCUCCAAUUAG